AUAAGCUCAGAGUUUGUUAAGCCUGCUUUCUGAAACAGGGCCCAGGUUAGUAUCAAGUGUUAGUGUAGUUUUCCAAUUCCAUAGCUUCUUAAGUUUCUUAAUUUAUUAUACAAAAAGUAGGUAGAUAUUUCGCAUGAUCAUUUCUGUCUGCUGCUCCCCCACCACUGCUUGUGGAUUGACAGAAUCACAAAUUGGGUACCACUUAUGUAGGAGCAGUGACAGGGUUGUCUCUGUGACAUCUCCCUUUCCUGGUCUUCAUCCAGCUGUUCUUUAUUUCCCAACUCAUGUCCUCCCUCUUGAAGCACAGACAGAAGCUGCCCUUCUCUUCUUUUUCUUCAAGCUCCCUCACUGUCGUCUUUACCACAAGCACUACUGCCGCUUUUGUUCCCGUCCGUCUCAGAGGACUGUAGAGGCUCCCAUAACGCUCCUGCAUCUUUCUGUAGGCGUUUUGUGCAGCCAGCUUGGAGAACUUGGAGACCUUUUGCUCUUGUAAGCAGUCCUCAAUCAGCAAAUGUAUACAGUAUACUGCAGAAUAAGCAAUGGUGUAUUUUGGAACCAUUUCAAUACAACAAAAUCAGUGCCAUAUUGAUGUUUUGGUGGUACACACUGUUGGCAUUUAGAAAAAUUCAAAAAACACUGUGAAAGCCAUAUUGUAAGACUUAAAGGGGUGAAUAGCCUGUCACUGCUUGUUUCAGUACUGAAAAGCACCAGGAUUCAGCCGUUUUUUGAUUAUUGUCGCUCCAGUGACGUACGUUUAAGAGAACAUUCAGCCAAAAACAGAGCACUACUGUUCUAUCCAGAUUGUUUCAGUGUGAUUUGUUGAGAUUUUUACAUUUCAGAUGUAAUUCUUAACACCUUAAAAUCCACUUUUCACCGUUAGUUUCCCAAAAAGUAGUUUUAUGGUUGGAAAAAUCAUCCUAUUCCAAACUUUUGUGCAGGAUCAUAUAUUCCCUCUAGGUUCUAUAGGCAGCAGCUAACAAUUUGUUCAUAUUAUUAAUUAACCUCCCAAUUCUUUUCUCGAUUAAUCAGUGAAUCUUGAAUGUCAGAAAAAUGUGCAAAAUGUCCGAAACAAUUUCCUUUCUCAUAAGAGAAAUAAAAGCAGUAAAUCUCACAAUUGAGAAGCUGGAAAUGAAAAAAUAACUGAAAUUGUUAAUCCAUUAUUAAGUUUCUGUCACUUGACUAGUUGUUUCAGCUGCAGUUGAAGCUAAAUGAUGUUUACACUGAGUGUAUUAUUCAAAUCCAAGACUCUGCACCAUGUCAUCAGAUUUUCUUUCUGUGGAAGGAAACCAAGAGACGUUUAUGUUUAGGAUGUUACAUUUAUACACUUAUUGUUGGUGUGUAUUUAAAGUCCCAUAAAUUAUAAUUACGAACAAAUGGUGGCGCGAUUUCGCAGAAGGCUGACAGCCGUCGCCAUUGCAGAAAAAGGGUGUGAAGAAGAAGAGGACCGCGCUGGACUUGAAAUCAUUGUACCGACCUGAGAGGCUGCCCCCGACUCAUUUCACUCUUUAAAUCAACGUCUAUCAACGUAUAUUAAAACAAAUGGUUCACACGUGUUGCGUUGAUGCAUGCUGCAACACAAAACGGCCGAACCUCGUCUUUCAUCGGUUUCCAGUCGGUGACCAGGGGAGACUGUGGCAAUGGCUGUUUGCGCUCAACAUGGAUGUAAACACGCCGCUGCACAUUCUCAACAAGCUGUUCGUCUGCCAGAAGCACUUUCAGCCGGACGACUACUACGACCCCUCUGGUGUGCCGAGCCGCCGGGCCCGGCUCCUCAGGGCCACCGCUGUCCCCACUAUGUCCAGACACACGCACACACCUGAGACAGGUGACCCCGCCGCCAGUACUAUGUACCUGGAUCAGCUGGGAAAGCCCCCCUCAAAGAAAGCCACGGUGCUAAACAAGGUGAACAAGGCCCCUCCAGCCCCAACUGGACCGGAUGUAUCUGCUGCAGGUUUUGAUUGGGGUGCCUACUUGGAGAAGGAAACAUCUCUGGCUGCAUCAGUGUCCUGCUUCAGACAUGCUCCCCUGUGUGCCCAAUGGGAUGACAUCACUGUAGGGAUGAAGGUGGAGGUCCUAAACACAAACGCAGUCCUGCCCAGUAAAGUUUACUGGAUUGCUACUGUCAUCCAGAUUGCAGGAUACAAAGCCCUGUUGAGAUAUGAAGGCUUUGAGCACGACAGCAGCCAUGAUUUUUGGUCCAGUCUUGUUUCGGGAGAGCUGAGCCCGAUUGGAUGGUGUGCCAUGACGAGCAAGUUGCUGGUGCCACCACAAGAUGUGAAGCAGAACAUCCCAGAUUGGAAAGAGUAUCUGAUGGGAAAGCUGGUGGGGGCUAACACUCUACCUGUUGACAUCUACCUGAAGUUGGCAGAGAGCAUGAAGACCUUUUUCAGAAUAGGUAUGCGUGUGGAGGUGGUGGACCCCAAACACGUGAGUCGGACUCGUGUGGCCAUCAUAGACUCGAUUAUUGGUGGCCGUCUGAGGCUGGUGUAUGAAGACCAAAGCGACGCCCCUGAAAACGCAAUCUCUGAUUUCUGGUGCCACAUGUGGAGUCCCCUCCUGCACCCGAUCGGCUGGUCCAAAAGAGUGGGUCAUGCCAUUAAAGCACGUGGAAACAGUGCGGAAGCUGCUGCCAGUGGUUUGAGGGGUAACUGUGAUAGUACGUUCCUGCUCUUUAAAAAGCCCAGGUUUGUCUACAUGGAGGGAAGUUUCUUUGAGGAAGGAAUGAAGCUGGAGGCCAUUGACCCUCUCAACCUGGGAAGUAUCUGUGUGGCCACUGUACACAAGGUGCUGUUAGAUGGCUACCUGAUGGUGGGGAUCGAUGGCACCAUAUCAAACAACGGCUCUGACUGGUUUUGCUACCACGCCUCAUCUCAUGCCAUCCUUCCUGUAGACUUCUGCAAAAAGAACAACAUCCCUCUCACGGUACCCCAGGGUUAUGACUCUCAGACCUUCACCUGGGAGAAAUACCUUAAGGAGACCAAAGCUAAAGCUGCACCGGCACGACUGUUCAAUGCUGACUAUCCGGGCCACGGCUUCUCGCCCAACAUGAAGCUGGAGGCGGUGGACUUGAUGGAGCCGCGCCUGGUGUGUGUGGCCACCGUGAAGCGCUAUGUGGGCCGCCUGUUGCUUAUCCACUUCGAUGGCUGGGAGGAUGAGUUUGACCAGUGGAUCGACCACCAAUCCCCAGACAUCUACCCGGUCGGCUGGUGUGAACUCAUGGGCUACCAGCUCCAGCCACCUCCUGGACUCGCUGAUGUAAACGAAAACCAGGCAGCACAAAACAAGAAAUGCAUUGGGAAAAGGAAAAAGAGGAACGCAAAGAAGAGGCUCUCUCAGGACCAAGCUAAAGAUGACACUGGUCAGGAGCCUGAGGUCCUUGGCGCUGACGGUCCUUCAGGGAUGGAAGGCCUCCGUCUUCCUCCAAAAAUGCCUCUCAUCCAGCCGAAGACUGAGCCAGAGGAGCAUGAGAUCUUUGCAGUGCAGGUGAAAGUGGAGGAGGUGGAGAUGGAAACCCCCAUUGCCCCUGCAGACAACCCUCAACAAGUCUCUCUGGGUAUAAUCAAACAGGAGGAGGGAGGGGGGCACAGUAAGUCAAGACUACAACAGGCAGCAGAGCAGUGCAGCUUGGAAAACGUAUCGCAUGAAAAGACAGAGCAGAGUGAAACUGCAGCAGGAAGAAGUGAAGAGUCGGGAUCACUGGAAGUGAGCUUUACUGGGGAAAGCAGCAUGCAGCAGAGUGAAAACAAAAAAGCAGUGGUGUAGAGGGGAGACAAAGGCUGGACCAGGAGGAGUGAAGCCAAGGAGAUGACAUUGGGAUGACCCUGAAGGAAAACCACUGGAAAAAAGACAAAAGCAGGCUGGGAUAUUUAGAGCAAAUAAAAAAAUACACUGGUGGUUUGAAGUAUGAUCCGUGAGAUUUCAGUCCUGGUUGAUAUGGUGACACGCGAGUUAACUGCAAGUGCUGGUCUCAGAAAGUUGGGUGCAAUCAAACAAACUGAUGUUUUAAUAGAGAAGUCAGACAAAAAUAAUUAGGAGUUUUAAAAAGAGAUACUUGUUCCAUUGCUACCUGCAAUAUUUAAAACUGACCCUCAGUCAAAAACGCUCAGAAUGACAGUCGUCUCAUUUUGCACACGCAUUUUCUAAGAACAGCGGCACUAUGAUGGCAGAUACAUUGCAUUUUCUAGGACUGCUUCACAAUAAAAGAACAAAGUGAACUCGGUGGGUUGGCAUUAAAACUAGAUUUUCCGUGUAAAAUUUACAUCUGUUACAUUCAAGCCCUUUGCCAAACGAGUUAAGUGAAUGCUGAUUAAACCUGUCACCGCCCGAUAAAUCUCUGUAUUCGCAGUAGAACAGAGUUUUUUAAAGCUGUGGCAACGUUCCCACACUGGCUCACCGCCGUCGCUGGUAGUGAUGUGUUCUGUCAACCAGCAGUGAUUGGUUUCCCAGAGCUGAAGGGAGCAACAGCAGCAGCUCAAGAUGGCAGAGCCUAUUCGUCAUAAGCACGUAAACAUUGAGGCUGAUAUCAAUGAUAAAUUACAAACAGUAACGCUGGAUUACAUGCAAGCAUGUUUCCUGUGAAUGUCUUGGCUUGGAUAGGCAGUUUGAAUCCAGAGCAGGAAUGGCAGCCUCUGCCACUACCAAUAAAAACUACAAUAUAGAGAAGUAAUUAUAGAACAUAACUGCAAUACUGACUACAAAGUAUUAAAAACAGGGUUUGAUUUUAUGAACAUCUUAAGGGUCAUAAAUUUAAAUACUCUAAAUACCUUACUGACUGCAUAUGUUUCACAAGGACCAGCUUAACCAGUUUUAAAACUACCUCACUUCCUCCAUGUUGUCAGACAAACCUGUAAAUAAGACUCUGAAGGUCUUCAUGUUUGAUCAUUCUGGGAUGAUAUAGCAGACAAAUGGUUGUUGUAAUGUUUUAUUUUUUUCCUGUUUUAUAUCCAGAUGUAUUAUUUUUUGUAAAUAUGAAAUCACUGAUAAAAAAAAAAAUGCUGUUCCUCAACUUUCUGUUGAUGCUUGUUGUAUGAAGGUAUCUUGAGUUCAGUACAUUAUGCAGUUUAGUGGUUAAGGAUAACUAGCUUAAAGCCAAAGAUUGGAUCAUUAUUGAGCAAAUAGCUAAAGCUAAUGACAACAGCCUCUUUCAAGAUGCUAAAACUUCCAACAGCGCUGCUCAGGAGCUUGACGAGCUGGGAAUGUGUAUCUAAUGCUGUGAAUGUGAAGGAGAGCAGUGCUGACAAAAAAACGUGUGCUCAGUGUAGGUUCUCUGGAUGA